AACUUUGAUAGAAUCGGGGGUUUCUGCGAGGACGCCAGUUCCCCCAACACCAACAUGCUAACUCUGGAAUGGAAGAAGCAAGAAGCAACCUUCAGUCUCAGCGUCAAAUUCACCAAAGUUUCGGAGGACGGAGGGCAAACGUACACUAAGUAUCAACUGGGGGAAGUGUCGCUCCAUAUCCCGAUGAUGCCAGAAUUGUUCCCCAACGUGGAAGCAGCCGUGGCCAACCAGACUCUGGUGGUCAGGAACGUAGACGACGACGGCAAUCUAAUGGCGCCUGCCGGGUUCUCCACCCGACUUUCCCGAUGUCUGGUCUGCAACACGCAACACGUUUUUCAAAACCUGGAGGCUCACGGGACGGACGCUGAACAUUACCACGACACACUGGUGACAAUGACAAUCUCAGAUGUGCAGUUCAUCGCGUUCAAGGAGGAUGAGACGACCCAUAUUUCUGACAGUGGGGAAUGUAACAAAUGUGUGAUGGACAUCGCAGAGGCCCCGGAAGACCGUUUUUUCAUCACCGGGUCUGCCGGAGAGGUCUGCAUUAUUCUGGACGUGGCCGCUAAGUUCGUUAUCCCGUAUAAAAUGUAUGAUAACUCGACUGGACACGGAAUGUUUAAUCUCCCGACACAAAAUGAGACCACAGUAAGCGGUCAGUGCGACGAGAGGCGACAGACUGUCUCCGUGAAGUUCUUCGAGGGCUGGGUGUUGAGCGCCUCCUUUGAAAAGGAUUAUAUGACGUCAUCGGGGAAUUACAACGUCAGUGAUUUGUCACUGACCUUCACCUACAGUGACGAGAGAUUCGUGGAUCCCCAUCCGAGUAUUACCGGUAAUUGA